ACACAAUAACGAAGCCUAAUCAAUAACUUGUCUUGUGCAGUGGCUGAGGUACCAGAAACAGAAGCUGUUGUGGGAUGAGAGCUGGAUCAUCGACUUCGAUAAGAUAAAACAAGAUCAUGAGGCUCGUAUGACCAUGGGCAGUAUAAUCAGCGUCCCGGUGGGGCACAGCGACAGUAACACCAGCUGUGUGACGGCUCUCAGCUGCUAUAUGGCUCAACCAGGGAGCCGGAAAACACCGUUCACCUGCACCGGGAUAUAUGAUGGAAGAUCGGUGGCCAUCAAGAGGAUUCAAACCAAGACUUUCUCUCUUUCCAAAACCAUCAGACAGGAAGUCAAACAAGUCAGGGAGCUCGAUCACCCCAACCUGUGUAAGUUUAUCGGCGGGUGUGUGGAGGUGCCUAACGUUGCCAUAGUGACAGAAUACUGCCCGAAAGGAAGCCUCAACGAUGUUCUUCUUAACGAAGAGAUCCCGCUAAACUGGGGCUUCAGGUUUUCCUUCGCCACAGACAUCGCCAGAGGGAUUUCGUACCUCCACCAACACAAGAUCUGUCACGGCCGACUCAAGUCUCUGAACUGUGUGUUAGACGACCGCUGGGUCUGCAAAAUAACAGAUUACGGGCUGAGGACGUACCGUCGGGACGAGGGGGCGGAGCCUCUGUCCACCUAUCAGCAGAGACUGCUGGAGGUGUACAUGCCGCCUGAGUUUCAUAACUCCAACAUGGAGCCGACGCUGGCUGGAGACGUGUUCAGUUAUUCCAUCAUUCUGCUGGAGAUCGCCACUCGCAGCAACCCCGUCCCAGCGGAGGAGAGUAACGUGGAGAGCGCCUGGUGUCCUCCUCUCCCCGAGCUGAUCUCCAGUAAAGCCGACAACACCUGUCCCUGUCCCGCCGACUACGUAGAGCUGAUCCGGCGAUGUCGCUCUCAAAACCCCGCCCACCGACCCACGUUUGAACAAAUCAGGAAGUUUGUCAACCGGAUCAACCCGAUCAAAGUCAGCCCAGUGGACAUGAUGAUGAACCUGAUGGAGAAGUACAGUAAACAUCUGGAGGUGUUGGUGGCUGAACGCACUCAGGAUCUGAUGCACGAGAAACAGAAAACAGACCGACUGCUUUACAGCAUGCUUCCCAGACAGGUGGCUGACGACCUGCGGCAGGGCAAGCCCAUGCAGGCUCAGAGCUACGUCAGUGCCACCGUCUUCUUCAGUGACAUCGUGGGUUUCACCCAGCUGUCCAGUAGCAGCACUCCGUACCAGGUGGUCGACUUCCUGAACAAACUCUACACCACGUUCGACGACAUCAUCGACAACUACGACGUCUACAAGGUGGAGACCAUCGGAGACGCAUACAUGGUGGUGUCUGGCGUUCCUCAGGAGAACGGGAUCCUUCACGCCGCCGAGAUCGCCAGCAUGGCUCUGGACCUGGUGGGCGUCUGUCGCACCUUCAGGAUCCCCCACAAACCCAACACACAGCUGCAGAUACGGGCCGGGAUACACUCUGGUCCGGUGGUAGCGGGGGUCGUGGGGACCAAGAUGCCUCGUUACUGUCUGUUUGGAGAUACAGUGAACACAGCAUCAAGGAUGGAGUCCACCAGCCUGGCCCUGAAGAUCCAGAGCAGCUGCAGUACGUUCUACCUGCUGGAGGAGAUCGGAGGCUAUGAGCUGCAGUGCAGAGGGACGAUGCAGGUCAAGGGGAAAGGGGACAUGGUGACCUACUGGCUGGAGGGGAAGAAAACCUCUCAGCUCUCCAAGGAUGCCGACACCACAGCAACCAAACACAUCCCCACGGAGACGGAGACGGAGCUGUAUUCGUCCGUGCCGGGGUUUCUGAGCGGAGACCAGGACUGAUCCCCCAAAACGCCUCCGGUGGACGGGACGUCUUCUCCCGUUGGCUGUCCUUCCUGUUAGCAACGC